AUAUUUUUUAUUAAGUUGUUUAGGCUUUAGUGUGCGUUUAUAAAAGGGAGGGUUCAUUACCAUCGACAACAACAACAACAACACCACCAGCUUCUGCCAUGAAAAGGCAGAACAUCCGGACCCUCAGUCUAAUAGUGUGCACAUUCACCUAUCUGUUGGUCGGCGCCGCUAUAUUUGACGCACUAGAGUCUGAACACGAAGAUAAACAAAGAGUAGCAUUGGAUACGUUUGAAGAGAUGCUCAAAAAAAAGUAUAAUAUAAGUGACGAGGAUUUUAAAAUAAUGACAACAGUUGUCAUCAAAAGUGUGCCCCACAAAGCAGGGGUUCAGUGGAAAUUUUCGGGAGCUUUCUAUUUUGCUACUACUGUAUUGACAACCAUUGGAUAUGGUCAUUCAACUCCAGCAACUGUGGGCGGAAAGACAUUUUGCAUGUUCUAUGCAUUAGCGGGUAUACCCUUAGGCCUUGUGAUGUUCCAGAGUAUUGGCGAACGAUUAAACACUUUUGUCGAGAAAGGACUCAAACAAUGCAAGAAAUGCUUCCGAUUCAAGAAUACUGAGGUGACAGAAACUAAUCUGAUAUGUUUUGUGUCGAUAUUGUCAACAUUGGUGAUGACUACCGGUGCCGCAGCUUUCAGCAAAUAUGAACAGUGGAACUAUUUCGAUGCAUUUUAUUAUUGUUUUAUAACAUUGACUACAAUAGGUUUCGGUGAUUAUGUUGCCCUUCAAAAGGAAAGUGCUCUGCAAUCACAGCCCGAGUACGUGGCGUUUAGUUUAGUGUUUAUACUGUUUGGAUUGUCGGUAGUGUCGGCCGCCAUCAAUCUACUAGUGCUUCGCUUUUUGACACUCAAUACGGAAGAUGAACGCCGUGAUGAAGCCGAAGCGGCAACCCUAGCACAGGGAGCUGUCCGGCUAGAAGGCGAUGUCAUCACAGCCAACGGGUCCAUCAUUAGUGGUCACGAGCCCGACAAGGGCGGCGUGUCCUACGAUAACGAUGAAAUUGCAUCGGUGUGUUCGUGCACGUGCUACGGACCGCGCAGCCACUAUCAGCAACGAUCUCGACGACGCUCAACAAAAUACUCGUUCCGGAGGGACAGUGGUGUCUACUAUAGACAGGGAUCACAUUUGCUUCCAUUGCAUCUGUUCCGGUCAGCGUCGGGUUCGUCAGAAAUUGGUGAUCACGACUCCAUAUUUGGACAGUCGGGCGGCGGCGUCAGUAAUCCGUAUCCACAACACCAACACAAUCCCCAGACUAUGUUUAUCAAUGCACCGAUAAAUAGUGAUCCCUCUCUCGAGGAAGUGACUAAUAAAAGAGCGUCCAUUUAA